CCGACAUCCAACCAUUUGUCAUUUUCGCCCCGGAUGGCGCCAUGAAUGCAAAUCCGCUUUGGUCAAGCCGCGGAGGCUCGCUGAAGCGCAAGGCCGAUGGCCUAGACGAGGCGAAAAAGGCCGAGGCGCUCAAAGCCGCGCAGAAGGCCAAGGAGAAAGCAGCAGCGCUCCGGAAGGCUGCAGAGCAGAAGGCCCAGCAGCUGAAGAAUUUGCGGCACAGCGGCUCUCACGGCUCCUUGGGCCGAUCCUCCUCCGGCCACGGCUUGCUCCGUGCCGGCAGCGGCUCGCUCCACCGCACCCAGAGCGCCCAGAGCGCCCACAGCGCCCACAGCGCCUCCGGCUUGUCGCGGUCCCACAGCGCCCAUGGCAGCCUGCUGGCGAAGAAUGGCAGCCCAAAGGAGGCACAUCCAAGCCGCAGCGGUCUUCACUGCCGGAAAUGUCGGCAGAAGGCUGACCCCAGCCGUGCUGCUGAGUUGAAGGACGGCUACUGCUUGAAAUGCCGGCAGAGGGCCAAAGAGAAGGCGGCGUUUCUGCAGAAGGCGGCGGAAAAGAAGGCUGCGGAGAGGAAGGCGGAGCGCAACCGCCUGGUUCCCGUGAAGCCUUGCCUGGAGCGACCGAGCUACCACCGGAACCAGAGUGCCCUGAUCUGCCGCAAGUGUCAGCAGAGCUCCAACCUCCGCCGCAUCCCGGAUCUGAAGGAUGGCACUUUUCUAUGCCCUCCCUGCCGCUUGCGAGAGAUGGACCCCUUCAACUGGAUGCGGGAGAACGAGAAGGGCUUGCUGAAGCUUUUGGUGCUGCAGCCCCCGGUGCUGCCGGAGGAGACGGCCGGAGAGGCCACCCUGCGCAUCCGGCUGAACAUGCCCAACCUGCAGAAGUGGCGCAAGGCCGGUGAGGAGAUCGAUGUGAGGAUGCUGAACCUGGACACCUGCGACACCCUGCAGACCUGGCCUCAGAGCCUCACCAUGUGGGCCAACGGAACCCAGGCCUUCCAGGUGGAGGCACCCAAGGAGGGGCAUAAGCGCCGAGAUGCACCGCAGAGGAUCUCGGCCUGCCUCAAGUCCGAAGUGAACGAGCUGAAGAUCUCCAUGCGGGACGGCUGGACCUUGCAGAGGUUUGGGAUCGCCAUCGUUCGGGUGAAGCCCCAAAGCGUCCUAGAGAUGCGAAAGGCGGUCCGCUUAGUUAGCCCAGAGAAUGGCCGGAAGCUUGUGCGGGAGGUGCUUUGGAACUCCAAGCUCCUCAGCAUGUCCGACGAGGUCGCGGCCGAAGGCUCCGACCGCUGUCGACUCACUUGCCCUUUGACGCACCAGCGCAUUCACACCCCGGUCCGUGGGGAGAAGUGCGCUCACCUGCAAUGCUACGAUCUCAAGGCCUACUUGGAGAUCAAUCGAAGUAUUUCCGCCUUCAACAAGCGAUGGACAUGCCCUGUUUGCGCCAUAGCUACCAAGCCUGCCGACAUGUUUGUGGACAUGUACAUGCUGCACAUUCUGAAGAAGACGGAGGAAGAUGAUGAUGAGAUUGGCUUCACUCAAGAUGGUGAGUGGACUGUCACUGCCAAGUUGCCACCCCCGCCUUCGCCGGACAGCGACAUGGAGCCGGGGGAUGAUCAAGAGGAGACCAGCCCGGACGUUUGCGUGGUAGGCGUGCCGGACCCCGAGCUUGGCCCCGACCCCGAGCUUGGCCUCGACGAAUUGGACGAGCCGAGUCUCACAGGCGCCGGCUUCGCCGCCCGCUUUGGGGCUGAAGUGUGGAUUGGGUCGACCCCGGAGGAAUGA